CACAAGUGUUUCCUUCCUGGUUCUGUUUUGGUUUGUGCCAAACUCACCCAGUUACUGUGUGCGAGUCCCGCCGUUACCCUCUUUCUCUUUGUUCCUCUUUGAAUACAUUCACAACAAUAUUCUCAAUUCUCAAUAUUUUCCCUUCAAAAUUCAAAUCCCUAAUUCACUUCUACCGUUUCUUCUUCCAUCCAAAUGGAGGAUUCCGAGGGAGUCCUCAGUUUCGAUUUCGAGGGCGGCCUCGACGCUGCUCCUCCCUCCGCCGCCACCGUCUCCGUUCCCGCCCCACCUUCCGGACCCAUCGUCCACCCCGAUUCCUCCUUACCACCUUCUAUUUCUUCCAAUGGUGCCGCCCCCGUCUCCGGCAACAUUCCUGGACGACGGAGCUUCCGGCAAACGGUUUGCCGACACUGGCUUCGUAGUUUGUGUAUGAAGGGAGAAGCGUGCGGGUUUUUGCAUCAGUAUGAUAAGGCUCGUAUGCCGGUUUGCCGGUUUUUUAGGUUGUAUGGAGAGUGUCGUGAGCAGGAUUGUGUUUAUAAACACACCAAUGAAGAUAUCAAGGAAUGUAACAUGUACAAGUUAGGAUUUUGUCCUAAUGGACCAGAUUGUCGAUACAGGCAUGCAAAAUCUCCUGGACCUCCUCCUCCAAUAGAAGAAGUCCUUCAAAAGAUCCAACAUUUAUAUUCAUACAAUUUUAACAAUUCUCACAAAUUUAUCCAACAAAGGGGUUCUAGCUAUACUCAACAAGUUGAAAAGUCUCAGUUUCCUCAAGGAAUUAAUUCUGCAAACCAAGGUGUGGCUGGAAAACCGUUAGCUGCCGAGUCAGGAAAUGUCCAGCAGCAGCAACAAGUUCAACAGUCUCAGCAGCAAGUCAGCCAGAUCCAAACACAAAAUCUUGCUAAUGGUCAGCCCAAUCAAGCCAAUCGAACUGCAACCCCUUUACCUCAAGGAAUAUCUAGGUAUUUUAUUGUUAAGAGUUGCAAUCGUGAAAAUUUGGAGUUAUCUGUACAACAAGGAGUAUGGGCAACUCAAAGGAGCAAUGAAUCAAAACUAAAUGAAGCAUUUGACUCGGUGGAAAAUGUGAUAUUGAUUUUCUCAGUCAACCGUACUCGACAUUUCCAGGGAUGUGCAAAGAUGACAUCAAGAAUUGGCGGUUCUGUUGCUGGAGGGAACUGGAAAUAUGCUCAUGGAACGGCACAUUACGGGCGGAAUUUCUCUGUUAAAUGGUUGAAGUUAUGUGAACUGUCAUUCCACAAAACUCGACAUUUGAGAAAUCCAUACAAUGAGAACUUACCAGUGAAGAUAAGUAGAGAUUGUCAGGAGCUGGAACCCUCUAUCGGAGAGCAGUUGGCAUCCUUGCUUUAUCUUGAGCCGGAUAGCGAACUUAUGGCUAUCUCAAUUGCAGCGGAGUCUAAACGAGAAGAAGAGAAAGCAAAGGGAGUAAACCCAGAUAAUGCAGGAGAAAAUCCAGAUAUUGUCCCAUUUGAAGACAAUGAAGAGGAGGAAGAGGAAGAAAGUGAUGAAGAGGAGGAAAGCUUUGUUCAAGCUGUUGUGCCAGUGGGUCAAGGCAGAGGUAGGGGCAGAGGUAUGAUGUGGCCUCCUCACAUGCCUCUCGGGCGUGGAGCCAGACCCAUGCCUGGAAUGCAAGGUUUUAACCCUGUAAUGAUGGGUGAUGGAUUAUCCUAUGGGCCUGGUGCCCCCGAUGGUUUUGGUAUGCCAGAUCUUUUUGGCAUGGGCCCCCGAGGUUUUGGUCCAUAUGGUCCUAGGUUCUCUGGUGAUUUUGCAGGCCCUCCUGCUGCCAUGAUGUUCCGAGGACGACCUUCACAACCUGGAAUGUUUCCCGGUGGUGGAUUUGGGAUGAUGAUGAAUCCUGGACGUGGUCCCUUUAUGGGGGGAAUGGGGGUUCCAGGUCCGAACCCACCAAGAGGUGGUAGGCCACUCAAUAUGCCUCCAAUGUUUCCACCCCCUCCACCCCCACCUCAGAAUGUGAACCGCAUUGCAAAGAGAGAUCAAAGAACAAAUGAUCGGAAUGAUAGGUACAGUUCGGGACAAGAGCAAGGUAAGAGUCAAGACAUGCUCAGUCAAAGUGGGGGUCCUGACGAUGAAAUGCAGUAUCAGCAAAGUGGGGCUCCUGCAAACAACUUCAGGAAUGAAGAUAGUGAAAGCGAAGACGAGGCACCAAGGCGGUCAAGACAUGGAGAGGGAAAAAAAAGAAAAGGCGAAGCUUAGAAGAUGUUAACACAAACUCUAAUCACUAGCAUGUGUGCUUUCACCAAGCACUACAUAUUGAUGAUCCACUAACCAAUAUGGCUCGUUUUGAAUGAUUUCUUAUUUUCCUUAUGAAAAUGAUUAUAUGAUUAGAUUGCUUUGUAUGAGUUCUUUUUUUCUUCUUUUUUAAUAGACCUGGAGAUUGGGUGCUCCAUGAAAGGAAAUUGAGAUUAUGUUCAUCGGUCUUGUAGUUUACCAUAUGGUUCAUUACACAUUUAAUACUAUGUAUUGGGAUCAAAAUGAUAAUUAGUAGGCUCCACAAGUGUACACCAAUGUAUUUGUAAAGGGAUUGUAACAUUAGAGUCCUAAAUGAAAAAGGUGAGAUAAUUUUUUUUACUUUACAA